GUUUUGAUUUUAGUUUAUUUGCGGGCUUCCAAGUUCUGGGUGUCGCUUUUCCUGUUGUUAGUUUCUGAUGUUUCAGUAGUUUUGCCAUCAAUUCUGUUAUGUGGUGACAAUUUGUAAUGUUGUUCUCUGUAUCUUCUUUAGGAAGAGAUUGUUUCAAGGCAUGUUCGUCCAGUUAUGUUUGAUGGAAAACUUUGUAUGGCUGGUAUUCAUUGGUCCUGGUAAUUUAGGAACAACUAUUGUGUUUUCUCCCAGCUAAAUUUUCUUUCUUGAUCUGGCGUACGAGAAGAAAUUCUGGAAGUGGGCUGCUUACUAAAUGUUAAAUGUUGUGCCUGUGCAACGAUGGCAACUGACUGAAAAGCUGCCGCUAGAAAUAGAGUGCACACAAUGUCUUCUAUGUUGGCUGAGCAUCGGCCAAUGAGUCCAUGGCGUCCUUCGUUGUGCUUUCAGGUAGCGUAUAGCAAAUAUUUUUCCUUUAUCUGCUACAUGUUCGUUUACAGGAGCUUGUUUCCCGCGCGCUUACUGUAAGCAUUGGCUCAUUGCACAUAUUGUGGUGAAAAAAUACAUGCUCUGUGGACAGUGGACAAGUAGCAACUAUUGUUCAUAGUACGGGCAAAAUAUACAGAAAAAUUCUUCACUAAUUUUUCCUCCCAGCAGGGCCCCGUUAAUUUUCUUUGUGAAGAAUUGAAACGAAACAGGCAAAAAUGGAGGAACGUUUGGAGGAGCCCACUCUCCGUCUCCUUUACACAUGAGUGAAGCUUGUUCGCCAAAUCUAAUUCCACAUGCACGAGGAGCUGAAGCAAUAUUCUGAUGCUUAACACCGUGUGGUGUCAAAACCCAAAAGAUUAAAAAAGCUCAGUGGUCCGUCGGUGAAAACCGCGAAAUGUGGCAAGAACCCACGAACCAGAGAAUCUAUCUACUACUGAAAGUUCCAUGGAGGUUGUUUUCUCAAGAAAAGCAUGCGGGAGGAACCGAGGAAGCUUCAGAUAAAAUAAGGUUGAGCUUUCAGGCAACGGCAGGAAAGUAUCUAUUCUUUUCUUGCUCUCCCGUCCAUGCAUCCAUCCCUUCCCCCCCACGAACCUGUGCACCAUGCAUGAUGCGUCAAUCAUCACCGCCGGGGAAAGAUGCUGACGAAAAAUAAAGGAUUAAAGGGCAUGGCCAAAAGGAAAGUAGAGUGGAUGCAUCCAAGAUAGAUAGUGUAGAAACUAAAAACUUCACGUCGUCGAUUCAUGGACAUCAUGUUCUUCUCCCCCCCUGUGUUCCUCGCGUGAUUUGGCUAGGAAACGGGCCGGCGGCCUCUGGGAAUCUCAUGCUUACGUGACAGGCGCGUGCUUGAAGAAGUGGACGAGAAACCCAACCCGCACCGCACGCAGCAGGCUUUCAGUGUGCACCAUUGUAUGAUAUACUCAUCUGUAUCUUCAAAAACUGUGAAUUUGUGUGUGUGUGUAACAUUAUUUUUUGGCGAGGAUAUAGGUCAGACAUUUGAAUCUAUUAUAAAAAACACCCAGCAAUCCGCUAUGAAUCAGGCCCUAAGUUUGCUCAUUGGGUCUGAUCUCAGAGUUCGAGAUCGACGUUCUCGCCACUGAGCAUGGUAUCAUGACUUGGUCAAUUUUCAACCUACCUUCGUGUGUGCAUCCAGUUUCGAAAAACUGCAGCUUUUCUGGACAUUGGCUCAAGUACGCUUCGCUGUACGUGUUGUGUAUGUACAGUAACAGCACGCUUGGCCUCACGCCAUUGGUGUCAGUCUCAAGUAAGCUCCAUCGAUCGGGACCUACACGACGGAACCCACCCACCAGACAGACACCAGUGUACGUACUGCCGCUACUGCCCCUGUACAUAUAACACACCCCGGCUCACAGUCCAGAGUCCAGAGAAAUUGCCGAUACUUGACUGACCUCGGUCGUAUUGAGUAUUGACAGUAUUAAUCGUACUCUGCUUACAUCUCUUGCCUGUCGCACACCAGUAGCUCAAAGUUCAGACUCCAGAGUAGCUGCAGACGCAGGAGAUCGAUCAUGGUGGCGCCCACCGUGCCAUUGCCGGCGAUGGUGGUGCUCCUCGUCGCGGUCUCGGCCAUGGCGCUCGUCUCCGGUGCCAGCAUGCGCGGCAGGCAUGGGCAGGGACAGCAGCAGGGGCAGCUGAGGAUGGGGUUCUACAGCUCGAGCUGCCCGGCAGCGGAGAAGAUCAUCGGCGACUACGUCCGGCUGCACGUCCGCCGCGCGCCCACCGUCGCCCCAGCUCUCCUCCGGCUUCACUACCACGACUGCUUCGUCAGCGGCUGCGACGGGUCCAUCCUGCUCAACUCCACCGGCACCGGCGGCCAGCAGGCGGAGAAGGACGCGGCGCCGAACCUGACGCUGCGCGGGUUCGACCUGAUCGACCGCGUGAAGACGGCCGUGGAGGAGGCGUGCCCCGGCGUCGUCUCCUGCGCCGACGUGCUCGCGCUUGCCGCCCGGGACGCCGUCGCCGCCAUCGGCGGGCCGUCGUGGCGGGUGCCGACGGGGAGGAGGGACGGCACGGUGUCCAGCGUGCAGGACGCGCUCCGGGAGCUGCCCAACCCGGCCAUGAGCUUCACGGAGCUCGCCGCGCUCUUCGCCGGCAAGGGCCUCGGCGUGCGCGACCUCGUCUGGCUCUCAGGUGCGCACACCAUUGGCGUCGCCCACUGCUCGUCCUUCGCCGACCGCCUCUACGGCUACCCAGGUGCCGGCAAUGGCACCGACCCGUCCCUCGACGCCACCUACGCCGCCAACCUGCGGCAGCACAAGUGCAGGACACCCAUUAGCAACAGCUUGGUGGAGAUGAACCCUGGCAGCUUCCUGACAUUUGACCUCGGCUACUACCGGGCGGUGCUCAAGCACAGGGGCCUGCUGGGAUCCGACGCCGCGCUGGUCACCGACGCGGCGGCGCGAGCUGACAUCGCCAGCGUCGUGGCCAGUCCACCGGAGGUGUUCUUCCAGGUGUUUGGGCGGUCGAUGGCGAAACUCGGGGCGGUGCAGGUCAAGACCGGCUCCCAGGGGGAGAUUAGGAAGAGCUGUGCCGUUGUCAACAGCAGCUACCAGAACUGAGAUGCACAUCUGGGUUCUUUUCCCUGGAAGAUGUCAGUGGAUUCUGUGGUUUUGCUCUUAUUCUUUGUGGAUUUGUAGCCAUUAUACUUCUGAUGAAAUUUUUGAUGCGCAUGCUUGCGAACAA